AUGUUGAAUUUAGAUUCAGCCAUUCUUAGUACCGGGUUUAUGAAAGAGAGUAGAACCUUGUUGCGUGUGAGAUUGUGGUUCUACGCGUUAUCUUAUGUGCAUUUAGUGGCAGUGGCAGGAUUAUUGCUUACCAUCGAUUUUGCUGCUCACGAUGAUCCGGAUAUACAAAUGUAUCAGAAGAUCAGAUUUAAAUUGAUCACAGCGUGGUUUAAUCUGUUCACAUUGGUGUACUUCCCAAUAUGUUUCUACUGUGAUUGGAGGGAACUGCGAGGAGAGCAUGGACGCAAUCACGUGAAAGUUCUCAAUCAAGUUAGAUGCCUGUGCUUCACAAGCAUCCUACUACCGACCACUGCAUUUGGUGACAUACUGUUCUGGCGAGUAUGGAAUACUCAUCGAGAGCUGAUAGCACCGCCGAGCAUUCACAAAGUGGUUCCCUUCUGGUCCCAGCACUGUAUGCACACUGUAUCCCUGAUUGUGGUGCUUACAGACCUCGUGCUGGUGAAAAGAGAGAGGCCCAAGAGUAACGUGCUGAAUAUUGGAGUAUUAUCAUGUUUUCUUAUCGCUUAUACUGUUGUGUGCGUUCAAAGCGUGAUGAGAGGCGAAUACAUAUACCCAGGUCUGAAGCUGUUCACAGGAAUGAAGUUCCCCAUACUAGUCAUAUACGUUUUUCUAGAAAACUUCUUCUAUUAUACUAGCCAAUGGUUAAUAAUUGACAUGGUAUGGGGCCAAGGAAACUUGAAGAAAGUUGUUUAA